AGCAUAACUGAGUUUUGUUUUCCAUACUAACACCAUGAAGGUUUUUGGGAUCUCGGAGCUUUUGGUGGUGGUUGGAGCAGCUUUGAUGUUUCUUGUCUUCACCAGUAGCAGCACCUCCACCUUCUCUAAUGUGAUAACUGCCGGCCAUCAAGAUAUAAGGACAAUGACUUUAAGCCGGAAGUUGAAGGAUAAUAAUUAUAAUACUCACACCGAGAAGAUGAAAAUAGAUGUGGGAAAUGUGAACCUGGAGGAUUACCACCUCAUUGAUCCUGCUCCGAGUGCAAAGGCUAUAAAAUCUGGACCAAUUCAGCAUGGCACUCCUCUUAUGCCUUACAUUCCAAAUCCAGGGCCUCCAAGUCCCCCCCAGCUCUACUAACUCUCCUUAGGUUUCUUAAACCUUUUAGAUCCAGCUGUAGUAGCUACGCUAAACUAAAUAUUGUAACAACUUAACUCCUAGGGAAUGUUUGUGUUCUUG